AUGGGUAUCUUCAAGGGCGGCGCGCUGCGUCUUUUCCAAUCCUUUCUCUACCUGCUCGCGUUCUGCUGUGCAGCCAUCAUUUUGGGCAUCUACAGCUACUUCCUUGCCGUUCUCGCUGACCGCGAUCGCCCCAUCUUCCGCGAGACCAAGGCUGUGGAAGGCAUUUCUGGUGUCGCUGUUAUCUACACCAUCUUCGCCGUCCUCUUGACUUGCUGCCUCGGCGGUGUCAGCUUCUUCGCCUUCCUCGCCAUUGUCCUCGACAUCGCUUUCAUCGGUGGCUUCAUUGCCCUCGCUGUCUUGACCCGCGAUGGCUCUCGCUCGUGCUCCGGCAUCGUGUCGACCCCUCUCGGCACCGGCCCCGACUACUUCCGUUUCGGUUUCUCCUCCAACGGCGUCCAGGGCAAUGAAGUCACUUACGGUGUUCAAUUGGGCACUGCUUGCCGCAUGAACAAGGCUUGCUUCGCCGUCGCUAUCGUUGGCGCCAUCGUCUUCCUCAUCACCGCCAUCAUGCAAGUCGUCCUCGUCCGUCACCACAAGAAGGAGAAGCGCUUCGGCCCCGGCCCAUCCAACGGCUACACUUCCGGCUCUUCCAGACGCAAGGGUCUCUUUGCCCGCAAGAACAAGAACGCAACCCGUGAGGCCGAGCUCGGUACUGCCGCCGGCGCUGGUACCCUUGGUGUCGCUCACCCCGACACCCGCCCCAGCCACGACACCGCCUACACCGGUACCACCGUCGGUGGUGCCACCGGUGUCCACGAGAAGGUUGAGCCCACCGGCGCCCACACCGGCUACUACACCCAGCCCACUGGCACCGGUGCCGUCAACCCCUAUGGCUACAACACCGCGGCGCCUGUUACUACUACUGGCACUGCCACCAACUACUAGAUAUUAUGACCACGACGAAGCGAUGUGCAGCAAUAAAAUGCUGUCGUCCUAUCACGCGAUCACGCUUUCAAGCACUUAAUCGGAUGAGAUAUGAUGAAGAUUCAAAAUUGAAUUACUCCAUGUACAGCGAGGAGUCAAAAGGAGAGCAAGCAUACUUGAGCGAUGCAACGAAUUAACAUAAUAUGUAAUGACUCAACAAUGAUACCCCUUUUUACCAAUCAUGCGUCCACCAGUCGAUCAUUCUUGUUUUGCG